AUGUCGUCUGUUCAGCAUGUUCAACGGACUAGUCCACCUUAUCGCGCCCCACGUCCUAGAUACUACAGCAGACAAACCAACAUUCAACCUUCCCGAGACUCAACCAUCCCACCACUCUCACAAGAGAACUCCAACUCCUCCGACCUUUUCUACAGCGAUGAAAAAUCAAUCUUCAAUGCAGUCCGGGUCUCCACCCCCAACGAGGAUUCCCGUCCCUACGAAAUUCCCUACAUCAUGGAAAGAGGGCGGGCAGCUAAUAUGGCCAGGCUCAUCCCACCAGGAUCACAAGGAUCCUCUCAAGACAGCCACUCAGCAACCCAGCAUCGACGUCUCUUCAAAUCACGACAGCGAGCAGACCAACUUGGGUGGCGGAACCAGCUCUUCUCUGACAACGGGGCGUAUCAUACAUCGCAACUGGGCCUAAGCCCUUUGAACGAAGGGGAUUAUUUACCCGAAUCUGCUGGCAAUCAGCACCGCAAAGCUAUGUCCCUCGAUGCAGUGGAUGAUCACAGUUCUAAUAGCCCCCGAAAACAUCCCUGUUGGCCUGGAUCAGGCAUGCCAACGGCUGUGAGGACUGUUCAACCAACAUACCCUCCACCGGAAAGAUUACCCACACCUCCAGGUCUCCCAUCGUUCAACACCCCAGAAGCCAUGUACUGCUCUGCCCAGUUUCUCAUUGGGCACAACGGACCACGGGGUCUGCCAUCUCAUCGCCCACACGGAGUAUCAGCCACCGGCCAACGAUCCAGCUCAUAUGGCGAUGCAUUCCGAAGAUUCCUGGGCUUACAACCGACAGUUGAGACUGAUCCAGUCGUGUCUGGAAGUAUCGGCAUUGGGCGAGCACCAGACGGAACUAUCGUCCAAGGCAGGUUUCCACAACGACAGAGUGGCCACGGUACGAAUCUAGCAAGACAAAUUGAGGACCAUCCAUUCCACCAGAAUACUCUUCGUGUCGCUCCUACCUCUCAAGCUAGUCCCAAUCUUGUUCGGAAUAGCACACAAGCAGAUUCCAGUGCAUCAAAACGUUAUCCAGAUUCUCAACCACGAAAGAAAAAAGUCCGCACAAUGGGCUUGGGUAUCUUGGGUCGAUCGCUUAUUCCAGCCUCUGUCCCCGUUCAAAGAGCACAGCACGAACCUAUCACUAGCCCGAUAUCUCCUCUGCAAUUACCGCAACCGCGAUACGACCUUAUUCGAACACCGAGUGAUCGUCGAUCAGAAGAUCAAGUGCUCAGUGCGGGGACGUAUACAGUGUGUGAUAUUUUGGCUUGGCUUCCGAUCCAGCUGUACCUCUGCUGCUGCUUUAAGCGUCUCUCUGUCGAGGACGACGAUGAUCUUGAAAUUAUCAAUUCUAGGGAGACUUAUGCGACGGCAAGAAGCCGGUUUUCGGGUGUGGAGACGGAUGGAAGUAGAGUUGGGCCUUCUCCAUGA